UGCGUUUUGAGAGAGAGAGAGAGCACUUAUCCAAUCCAAAGUGUGUAGAGAGAGAGACAGAGAAGCUAAGAGAGGAAGAAAUGGCGACGGUACCACCAUCGACUCUGCAACUCUCCAACCCACCAUUUUCAUCAUCCUCACAUAAACCCCACGCGCCGCCCCACCCUCCUCGCCUUUCCUCCUUCACCACACGCGCCACCCCUGACGACUCCGACACCACCACCAACUCCUCCGAUCCCGAUGACUUCGACAGCCGCCUCUCCCAGAUCCGCAUCCGGUACCGCUCCGGUACCGGGAAAAAGGCCGAGGUCCGAAAGAGCAAGAAGUCCAAAAAGCCAUCCUCCGCCGGAAUAUACCUCCCUCCGGUGCCCCUGAAGGAGGCCACCUCCGGCGGCCUCAAGGUGGACUUCGGGUUCAGCCCCUAUUCGGAGCGGGUGAACGGUCGGAUCGCGAUUCUCGGACUAUCCGCAUUGAUACUAGUGGAGCUGGCUACGGGCAAAAGCGUAAUUCAGUAUCAUUCGCCGGCUAUUGUGUUCUUGCAGGUGUAUUUUGUGGCGGCGGUCUCGGCUGUAUAUGUCAAGUAUGAGAAAGAGAAGGUUAGUGUUUGGCCACAAACACCACCACCACCACCACCAGCGGCUCAGAAUUGAUGUAAUCUUUUCAUGAAAUUGGAUGUGUAAUUUAAGAUUUUUGUUUCAAAAAACAAAAUGUAUUUAAUUGUUUUAGUUUUUAUUUAUUACAAAAAUACAAUGUGGGAUUUUUCAAA